AUGGUCGACCAAAGGAACACGAUUUCUUCGGACGCCAGCACAAGUACUGGUGCCGUCACCGAGGCUGCGAGAGCUCGCCAAACCCGCCCUGCCUCACAACCUUCUAACCCUUCUGGAACCAGUACCAGUACCAACGGAGUAUCAUUGAGCGCCGGUGGCUCUAGAAACUCCCCCGAAAUGUACGAAGAUGACUCGCUGGACCUAUCCCAGCACGAUCAUGCCUCUCCUUCCGAAAGCGUAAAGUCCUCGGCCCACGGCCCGUUAAAAUCAGAAUCCGAAGACACACCCGGUGACGCAACCGGGCAUGCCUCGUCCGAACCCCCGACUCUGCCGGUACAGAAACGCCGCAGAGUCACGAGAGCCUGCGAUGAGUGCCGCAGGAAGAAGAUCAAGUGCGACGGCAAGCAGCCAUGCUCACACUGUUCAAUCUAUAGCUAUGACUGUACAUAUGACAAGCCGUCUAACCGACGCAGAAAUCCUGCGCCACAGUACAUUGAGGCACUCGAGAGCCGACUUCAGCGUGCCGAGUCUUUGCUGCGCAAGUUCGUCCCGGACAUUGACCUGGCCGACCCUAACCUCGACCCGGCAAUCCAGCAAGAGUUUCGGGCUAGGGAACAGGCAAGAGCGCGGGCUGCCAAACUGAAAGGCGAAGCCGCCCCAAAAGAACCCGAGGCCCAGGAUGCACAAAUCAUGUCCAUGAUCGAUGCAAUUGGGCAACUCGACAUGAAGGAGGACGGCGAGUGCGACUUUCGCGGCAUCUCUUCCGGCGCUGUUUUCUUCGGACGCAUGAAGGAGCACUUCAAGGGCCUACUAAGCAACGAACACAGCAUUCCGUUUCUAUUCCGAAAAGCUGAGAAGACCGGCCUCUUCAGUCUCAAUUCUCCCCAAACCACGGCUGGAUCACCGUGGGAAGCGUCAUCUGUACCAAAUGUCUACGAACUACCCCCCCUAACUAAGGUCCAAACUCUGUGCUAUUACGCAUUCAGUUGCGCUACUUGCCUUCUCCGGGUUGUGCACAAGCCGACGUUCUACGAAUCGCUCGACAGGUUAUACGAGAAACCCCAAGAUAGUUGGGGAAUCGAAGAACAUAGAUUUUUGGGUCUGUUGUAUGCUGUCAUGGCGCUCGGAACCAUGUACAACAUUGACGAGAACCCGGGAAAUCCCACGACUCAUCAGGCGGCAAUGGAGGAAGGGCGGAGGGUGUUCCACGUAGUGCGACAGAUCGAUAUAUACGUUUCAGCUAUUCUUGGGUUCCCAGUUUUACUCCACGCCGACGAUAUCGACCAACCACUGCCGACGGAGGUGGACGACAAGUAUAUCACAAAAGAUGCGAUACUCACGCCGGAUCCGGACGAACGCCCAUCCUUUCUCCAGGCAUUCAAUGCCCAUCAUAGGCUGAUGGGUAUUUUGGCCCGACUUAUCAAGUUCAUUUAUCCAGUCAAGGGCGUGGAAGAUUGUGCUCUGAAAAGCGAUAACGAAAUGGCCACCUACACUAUCAGUUAUGCGCGAAUCAAAGAGAUUGAGCGACAACUACACGAGUGGUUUGACCAAUUACCGCGGUAUUGGCGGCCUGGUCCCGACGACGACGAUAUAGAGGUGAUUCGUGUUCGAACCCUCUUGCGCUUCGCAUAUGGCCACGUGCAAAUGAUGCUGUACAGGCCGUUCUUGCAUUAUGUCUCCGCUCGCAUGACAGCAGGCAAGAGAAUCGACGACCGAUACUACAACUGUGCUGCCGCUGGGAUCAGUGUGUCUCGCAACAUUGUCCACAUUGGCUUGGAGAUUCAGAAACAAUCCCACCUGAUCGGGCCGUACUGGUUCCUUCUUUAUACGCAGUUCUUCGCAAUCCUCUCUCUGGUCUACUACGUUCUAGAAAAUCCAGACAAGACAGGGUCCGCCGAGAUCCUUGCGGAUGCCAAAGCCGGUAGGGAUGUGAUAGCUAAUCUGACCCAGAGAAGCUUGGCGGCAGAUCGGGUAACAACCGCCUUGAACACACUCUUCGACCAACUGCCAGAGCAACUCAAGAACGGUACUCACCGACCUGCACCAACAAAGAAGAGGUCAUACGCCCCUGGAUCCAAGGCGGGCAGCAACUCCAUCUCUAGCCAUGCUCAGGCUAUACUACACGAUACCUUGCCUCAGCGGAGAUCCGAUGAAAUUGUCCGUCCACAAAGCGGCCCCGUUCGAAGAGAGACCCAUCACCGCCAUCCCCAGCGAACAACCUCAUUCGACACUGUGGCACUUCACCAACCUGGCAUGCCUGGUCACCACUUUGCGACGCAGGUUACGGCUUUUCAAGACCUGCUGCCACUAGACAUGAGCAUCAUGCACAGACAACAGCAUCAUCGCCAACAGAGCGGCUUCCAACAAGCCCAAACACCUACAACCGGGGCGCUCUAUAAGCUGGACGCCAUGAUGUUUCCCUCUGGGGACCCUUUCGCCUAUCCCACGCCAUUGCUCGACCAAACAGGAGGAGGGGGGCAUCACGCAGUAUCUGGCCAGCCACCGCCACCCAUCUCCGCCGGAUCUGUGGGACCAACGCCCGGGGCCGCCGGACCAGAUAACAUGCAGCUUUACAUGUCCGGCUUCUACGACGACGGCAGUAUUGAAGGACAAGUACUGGGCCCAGUAGCGCCCUACCUGAUGCAACACGGCGGGCCCGAGCCGCCGCACGCUGGGGUUUUGGAUCCUGCAGCGCAAAUGUCCUACACAACAAUGCUGAACUUGCAACUCCAGCAUCAACAACGGCAACAGCAGCAACAGCAGCAACAGCAACACGGGCAAGAUGGAAGACCGGGGUCGGGACCAGGGCGGGGACAACAACAACAUCCGAGGGCGGCUUGGUCGGUGGACGACAUGAAUGAAGAAUUGGGCUACGUCCAGGAUUUUAACUUGGUGAUAACUUGGCUGCGUUGAACAGACCAGCAGAGCUUCCGCCACUGAGUUCCAAUCAGGCAUUCUUAUCAGAAAAACAAACCACCAACUUGGCAAAAUCACGAAAUUUAUCACAAAUCUGAAGAGAUGGAGAGCAUGGCAAUCAUGCAGAUAUCGCCUAUGCCAUUUGGGAUGAAGAAGAAAAUCAGCUUGUGGAUGCAAGCUAGAUGGUAUCAAGAGGGGAGCAACAGAGCCCCAGCGGUAUCACCACCGAGCG